ACACACACCCCAGAGCAAGAAACAUUAAAUUUACACAGGCACACACAUUUCCUAGAGAAAGUGGAGGUGCAAGUUGCCAUGGAUCCAGGGAACUCUGCACCUGGGUGUCUCCUUUAGUAACGCACAAGUUGGACUGGGCCGUCUUCCAGUUCUGGCUUCCUUGCUGACUGGAAUCAAAGGAGCCUAAGAAACUAAGCCUAUGCACUUUGGGGAGGAUAAGGUACGAGCGCUGAGUAAAGGGGCCUAAAGCCAUGAUGAUGGCUUUCAGGAACAGAAGCCUGGCAAGGAGAAGAUGAGGUACAGGAACAAUGGACAGCGUAAGCCCAGGCUUGGAGAAGACUCAGAUGGGAGCUGAAUUGAGGUCUCACAGGCCCCGGCUCAAGAAAGCCUGUCCCUCUAGCACUUGCCAUGCCAGCUCCGUGCAAGACAGGAACAGAGCUAAUCAUCCCCUGCCCUUUCCCUGAGCUCCAUACUCCUUUAUUCAGCUGCCCAAAAUUGGCUCAUCCACCAGUGUGUCUAAUUCCAGACUCUUCAUAUUCAUCCACACCUAUGGACUGUAAGCCUUGCUCUCUUGUCCCCCAUCAUUGGUAAUGUCAGCUGUGGUCUGCUGUUCAAGCUAAACCCCAGAGGUCACCUUGGUCCUCCCUUUCACCUCUUAUAUCCAAAAUGUCAACAACUUCCUGUGUCAUCUUCAAAAUAAGACUCAAAUUCCAGCCACUUGUCUCCAGCUCCCCUGCCACUCUCCCAGAUGGUGCUGUUAUCACUUGCUGGGACUGCUGCAGUAGCCAGAUCACUAGUACUGCAGCCAGAUGAAUCUUUUGAGUCCAUGCCCAAGCCAACAGGGUAAAAUAACAAAACCCCUAAGAAAGCUGAAGACCAGCACCAGCAAAAUCAGCAAAGACUGUGUGGCCCAUGCAGGGUCCAAGGGAUACUGGGAGGCUGGGGCUUCAGGCUGGCCCCAGAUAGUGGGGAAGACAGACUGGGACCUACCAUGGCUAAAACCCCACAAACCAGUGGCCCAUGGCCAUGGUGAGGACACACGGACAGCAGGGCCAUGCUGGCACAUGCAGGCAAGCUGGAUGCUGAGCCCAGGCCUGUGGAGCAUAUGGAUACACACCUACCCAUGUUCCUGAUCACACUGUGUACCUGUGCAUGUGAGCAGAUACGGGGUGCAGUCAGGGCACUCUCCAGGACAUGCUCUGACUAGCACCUGCUCUCACCAGAGGCUGUCCAUGUGCCUCAGGUGAUGGAAUAGCUCACAGCACCCAUAGUACAUGCAUAACUCUUUCUCCCUGUGUCCCUAUAGCCUGCCCUUGGACAAACACCUGAUGCCCAACCCCAGACCAGCCAAGACCUUGGCCCCUUCCUUGCCCCUCGGCCCAUCCCCAGGAGCCUCACCCAGCUGGAGGGCUACACCCAAGGCCUCAGAGUUGCUGGUACCCAGGAGCCCAGGAGGAACCUUCCAGGCCCGGGACCCCCACAGUGGGACUCAUGCCUCCUCCUCCUCCUCUUUGAACCCCCUACCACCAGCACAGCUUCAGCUGCCCACAGUGCCUCUAGUCAUGGUGACACCCUCUGGGGCACGGCUGGGCUCCUCACCACACCUGCAGGCACUUUUGCAGGACAGGCCACACUUUAUGCACCAGCUCUCCGCAGUGGAUGCCCAUGCCCAGACCUCUGUGCUACAGGUGCGCCCACUGGACAACCCAGCCAUGAUCAGCCUCCCGCCACCCACUGCUGCCACUGGGUUGUUUUCCUUCAAGGCCCGACCUGGCCUACCACCUGGAAUCAACGUGGCCAGCCUGGAGUGGGUGUCCAGGGAGCCGGCACUGCUCUGUACCUUCCCAAGCCCCAGUGCCCCCAGGAAGGAAAGCACCCUUUCAGCCAUGCCCCAGGGCUCCUUUCCUCUGCUGGCAAAUGGUAUCUGCAAGUGGCCCGGCUGUGAGAAGGUCUUCAAGGAGCCAGAGGACUUCCUCAAGCACUGCCAGGUGGACCACCUCCCAGAUGAGAAGGGCAGGGCACAGUGUCUCCUCCAGCGAGAGGUAGUGCAGUCUCUGGAGCAGCAGCUGGUCCUGGAAAAGGAGAAACUGAGUGCUAUGCAGGCCCACCUUGCAGGGAAAAUGGCACUCACCAAGACUUCAGCAGUGGCAUCAGCUGACAAGGGGUCCUGCUGCAUUGUAGCUGCUGGCACCCACAGCAACGGUGGCCAAGGGUGGCCCAGCCCCCAGGAGGCCUCCGAUAGCCUGUGUGCUGUGCGGAGGCAUCUCUGGGGCAGCCAUGGAAAUGGCACCUUCUCAGAGUUCUUCCACAACAUGGACUACUUCAAGUUUCACAACAUGCGGCCCCCUUUCACCUAUGCCACCCUCAUUCGCUGGGCCAUCCUGGAGGCUCCUGAGAAGCAGCGGACACUCAAUGAAAUCUACCGCUGGUUCACACGCAUGUUUGCCUAUUUCAGAAACCACCCUGCCACCUGGAAGAAUGCUAUCCGCCACAACCUGAGCCUGCACAAGUGCUUCGUGCGGGUGGAGAGUGAGAAGGGGGCUGUGUGGACCGUGGAUGAAUUUGAGUUCCGCAAGAAAAGAAACCAGCGGCCCAGCAGGUGCUCCUACCCAACACCAGGCCCCUGACCUCAAAGCCAAGGAAAGGAAGAAGGAUGGAAAGGGUCAAAAUUGGGGCAGAGGUGGUGGGGGCAGGGCUGACAGGUCCUGGAUAUGUCCACGGUGUCUGAAAAUGAGGUAUCCACUGUCUCCCCUGCCACAGCCCCUGCUCCCCAGCUUAGCUGCCCUCCUGGAUCUUCUGCCCCAAGGCUGUUCAAAGGGGCUCCAGUCCCAGCCCAGCCCCUACCUCCACCACAGCCCCCCAAGAUGGCCUCUCAAACCCAGCCACACACACAGCGGCCUCAGCCUCCUCACUGAUGACCUCAAUGUGGAAAA